AUGGCCUCUUCCUCGUUUCCCGUGGGUACGGCCGUCAAGUUCUGGGUGCCAAAUCUGGGUGCUCGUGUGCCAGUGGAUCUUUCCACUGGACUCCCAGAUUACUCGGAGUAUGUCAGGAGUGGCUUGUGGGUGCAGCGCCGGAGGCUUCGCGUUUGCGAUGGGACCGGCCUCACCGCGUAUAUGCCCGAGGGAGACAGAUCGUGGCCAGAUACUUUCCCUGUGUCAAAUAUGAAGAUCUACCAGACAUACUGCCACAUGGAGGGCGUGACACAGGAGAAAGUUCUGAACCCGCUCAACGCCUUGGAGAUUCUUGAGGGGCAGGUGGCGCUGGUUCACCACAUCAUGGCCUUCGAAGAGGCCAAUCCAGCAGUCCACGUUUUGUCCCCGCGCCAGAAAUGGAAAGCCACCUUUUUGGCCUAUUUCUUGGGGGCAGUGAGCCAAGGCCAGCUCACCAUUAUGAAGCAGUUAGGCGAUGAGGCAUAUGCGGCCUCUCUCGCCGACCAGAACUGCUGGCAGGUCCGGACAAGCAAGCGCUUGACCUACCUGCUUCGUCAUAGCAAGCAGACUAGCCUUGGCCGCCGCAACGAUGCUCUCUUUGAGAACAUCGACCGUGACCUCCAGGCUUUUCGCUGGGCACCUCACAAGAUUUUGGGAUUCCUUCUUGGGAAUACCAAGUCGAGGUUCACGGUCCAUGUGCAGCUUCGUCGUUUGGACUACGAUGAUGAAGGCCAGUCCAGCCGCUUGGCCAUUCAUAUGGUCUAUGCUGGGGGCUCGGAGGCGCCGAAGCAUGGGACGCACAUCCAGUAUGGCAAGUACAUUUUCUACUGCAAUGUGAAGUAUGAGGAGCUCCUUGAUGAAGGAGGCGCUCUCUUCCUUGCAGACAACGGGGUCGUUUUGAGCUACAACACGAUCCCCGCGAAGUACUUGACGUUCCACACGCGGCCCCCGCACGAGAAG